AUGGGAGCUCGUCUCGUGGAAGGUGGAAGCUAUUGCGACACCGAGGACGCUGCGCUGGGAGCGGAUAACAGCCUUCGAAUUCGAGCCGAGUGCGCCGGAGAACCCGGCAAAGCCGUGGCUCAGGAGGUGGCGUCGUCUCGCUGUGGUGACGACGAGGAAUCUGUGUCGGAGGCUGGAGCGGCCGCCGCUGAGGACGACGGCAGCUCGAGGCGUCGUCAUGCGACAUGCCCGGAGUGCGGGAAGAGCUUCCCCUCGGACAAGUCACUGUUCGGCCACCUGAGGUGCCACCCGGAGAGGGAUUACAGGGGAGUGAACCCGCCGCCCGAGGCGAGGAGGAAGUCCGGUACUUCUCCGGCGGCCAAGAGGCCGAGUGCGAAGCGAGGCCGACAACGGAAGGCCGUGACCGCUGAUCCCGAAGCCAUUACGGCUGCUAGAAUCCUGCUGCACCUGGCUGAUGCAGAGCACAGGGACGCUCGUUCUGACGACACAGUUGAAGAUGAACUGCUAUCGAGCUACAAGCAGACGAUCAAGAGGAGGAAGACGGAGCAGGUGGAGCUGGCGAACGAGCCCGGUACGUCCGAUCGUGGCCGUAGAUACCGAUGCAGUGUGUGUUCCAAGACAUUCUCUUCUCACCAAGCGCUGGGAGGACACCGAGCAAGCCACAAUAAGAACAGGAGUCAUCAUCAUCCCGAAGAAGAAGAAGAAGAAAAAAAAGAAGAAGAACAAGAAGAAGCCGCAGCAGCAACGACGACGAGCAACCACAAGAAGGAGCAGCAAGAGGACGAAGCUGAUAAGGGAGGAAGCCAUGGACUGUUGGACUUCGAUCUCAAUGAGGCACCGAGGCUGGGAGAAGAAGAAAGCUAG